CAUUCAAGGACCUAAUAUCAAAGGUGAUGUGUCUCUCCCUAAACCUAAGGCUCCAGAGGUAGAUGUCAACCUCAAGGGCCCAGAAAUUGAAGGACCCAAGAUUGACCUACCUUCUGUUGAUGUUUCACUUUCUGAAGGUACAAUAGAGGGGGACAUCAAUCUUGAAGGCCCGGAUGUCAAAGGUGGAAAGUUCAAGAUGCCAAAAUUUGAUGUGUCACUACCAAAGGUUGGUCUCACACAUGUUGAAGUGCCAGACAUGAAAGGAAAAUUUGAAAUGCCAUCU